CGGCGCCCCGGAUGCGACCGGGCAACAGCGGUUGCCACGGCGACGGGAGCUUUCCGGCUGCUGGUACUCCCGAUUGGAGACGUAGAACCGUUAACUGUCGAGGGCCUUAGCGGCCGCUGUGACCCUCUCGGGGAUCCCACGAUGUUCUUCUACCUAGCCAAGAAAAUUUCCAUUCCCAAUAACGUGAAGCUGAAGUGUGUAUCGUGGAACAAGGAACAAGGGUUCAUAGCAUGCGGUGGUGAAGAUGGAUUACUGAAAAUUUUGAAAUUAGAGACGCAGACAGAUGAUGCAAAAUUGAGGGGCCUUGCAGCCCCCAGUAACCUUUCUAUGAAUCAGACUCUUGAAGGUCAUAGUGGUUCUGUUCAAGUUGUAACAUGGAAUGAGCAGUAUCAGAAGUUGACUACCAGUGAUGAAAACGGGCUUAUCAUUGUGUGGAUGUUAUAUAAAGGCUCUUGGAUUGAGGAGAUGAUCAACAAUCGAAAUAAAUCAGUUGUUCGCAGUAUGAGCUGGAAUGCUGACGGACAGAAGAUCUGCAUUGUAUAUGAAGAUGGGGCUGUGAUAGUUGGUUCAGUGGAUGGCAGUCGUAUUUGGGGAAAAGACCUGAAGGGUAUACAGCUAUCCCAUGUAACAUGGUCUGCGGACAGUAAAGUCUUACUUUUUGGAAUGGCAAAUGGAGAAAUACACAUUUAUGAUAAUCAAGGAAAUUUUAUGAUAAAAAUGAAACUGAGUUGUUUGGUGAAUGUCACUGGAGCUAUCAGCAUUGCUGGGAUUCAUUGGUACCAUGGCACAAAAGGCUACGUGGAGCCUGAUUGUCCUUGCCUUGCUGUUUGCUUUGACAAUGGAAGAUGCCAAGUAAUGAGACACGAGAAUGACCAAAAUCCCGUUUUGAUUGACACUGGCAUGUACGUAGUAGGCAUCCAGUGGAACCACAUGGGCAGCGUGUUAGCUGUGGCGGGCUUCCAGAAGGCAGCCACGCAGGACAAAGAUGUGAACAUUGUGCAGUUUUACACUCCGUUUGGUGAGCAUCUGGGUACUUUGAAAGUUCCUGGAAAGGAAAUAUCUGCACUAUCUUGGGAAGGAGGUGGACUGAAACUUGCACUAGCUGUUGAUUCCUUUAUAUAUUUUGCAAAUAUUCGACCUAAUUAUAAGUGGGGCUACUGCUCAAAUACUGUAGUUUAUGCAUAUACCAGACCUGAUCGUCCAGAGUACUGUGUUGUCUUCUGGGAUACGAAAAACAAUGAAAAAUAUAUUAAAUAUGUGAAGGGUCUCUUUUCUAUUACUACCUGUGGAGAUUUCUGCAUUUUGGCUACAAAAGCUGAUGAAAAUCAUCCUCAGGAGGAGAAUGAGAUGGAGACAUUUGGUGCAACGUUUGUACUAGUUCUUUGUAAUUCUAUUGGUACACCCUUGGAUCCCAAAUACAUUGAUAUUGUACCACUGUUUGUUGCAAUGACCAAAACCCAUGUGAUAGCAGCCUCGAAAGAAGCAUUUUAUACCUGGCAAUAUCGUGUGGCAAAGAAGCUCACAGCAUUGGAAAUUAAUCAGAUCACACGGUCUCAAAAAGAAGGGAGAGAAAGAAUUUAUCAUGUUGAUGAUACCCCUUCUGGAUCAAUGGAUGGUGUGCUUGAUUAUAGUAAAACCAUUCAAGGCACAAGGGAUCCAAUUUGUGCCAUAACUGCAUCAGAUAAGAUAUUGAUUGUGGGUCGUGAAUCUGGCACCAUUCAGAGAUACAGUCUACCUAAUGUUGGUUUGAUUCAAAAAUAUUCCCUUAAUUGUCGAGCCUACCAGUUAUCCUUGAAUUGCAACUGUAGCCGUCUUGCUAUCAUAGACAUCUCAGGAGUUCUGACUUUCUUUGACUUGGAUGCUCGAGUAAUGGACAGUACAGGACAGCAAGUAGUUGGAGAGUUGUUAAAAUUGGAACGAAGAGAUGUCUGGGAUAUGAAGUGGGCCAAAGAUAAUCCUGAUUUGUUUGCAAUGAUGGAGAAGACAAGAAUGUAUGUUUUCAGAAAUUUGGAUCCUGAGGAACCCAUUCAGACCUCGGGAUAUAUUUGUAAUUUUGAGGAUUUAGAAAUUAAAUCUGUUCUUUUGGAUGAGAUAUUAAAGGAUCCAGAACAUCCAAACAAGGAUUACCUAAUGAACUUUGAGAUUCGGUCUCUGCGAGAUAGCCGAGCACUGAUUGAGAAGGUUGGAAUUAAAGAUGCAUCUCAGUUCAUAGAGGACAAUCCACACCCCCGACUUUGGCGCUUACUGGCUGAAGCAGCUCUUCAGAAACUGGAUCUAUACACUGCAGAGCAAGCAUUUGUGCGCUGCAAAGAUUACCAAGGCAUUAAGUUUGUGAAGCGCUUGGGCAAACUACAGAGUGAGUCAAUGAAACAGGCUGAAGUUGUUGGCUACUUCGGCAGGUUUGAAGAGGCUGAAAGAAUGUAUCUUGAGAUGGACAGAAGGGAUCUUGCUAUUGGCCUCCGGCUGAAAUUGGGGGAUUGGUUUAGAGUACUCCAGCUCCUGAAAACUGGAUCUGGUGAUGCAGAUGACAGUCUCCUGGAACAAGCCAACAAUGCCAUUGGAGACUACUUUGCUGAUCGACAGAAGUGGUUGGAUGCUGUACAAUAUUAUGUACAAGGACGGAACCAGGAACGCUUAGCUGAAUGUUACUAUAUGUUAGAGGAUUACGAGGGGUUAGAGAACCUUGCCAUUUCACUUCCAGAAAACCACAAGUUACUUCCAGAAAUAGCACAAAUGUUUGUCAGAGUUGGAAUGUGUGAACAAGCAGUGACUGCAUUUUUGAAAUGUAGUCAACCAAAGGCAGCAGUAGAUACCUGCGUACAUCUCAACCAAUGGAACAAAGCUGUUGAAUUGGCUAAAAAUCAUAGUAUGAAAGAAAUUGGAUCUCUGUUAGCUAGGUAUGCAUCUCAUUUACUGGAAAAGAAUAAAACUCUUGAUGCCAUAGAACUGUAUCGGAACGCCAAUUACUUUUUUGAUGCUGCUAAACUGAUGUUUAAGGUUGCAGAUGAAGAGGCAAAGAGAGGAAGUAAACCUUUACGUGUCAAGAAGCUCUAUGUAAUGUCAGCCUUACUUAUAGAGCAAUACCACGAACAGAUGAAGAAUGCCCAGCGAGGAAAAGUUAAAGGAAAAAGUUCAGAGGCCACUUCUGCCUUGGCUGGUUUGCUGGAAGAAGAAGUUCUGUCUACAACGGAUCGUUUCACAGAUAAUGCAUGGAGAGGGGCAGAGGCUUACCACUUCUUUAUACUUGCACAGAGGCAGCUCUAUGAUGGAUAUGUGGACACUGCACUGAAGACAGCUCUUCACCUGAAAGACUAUGAAGACAUCAUCUCUCCUGUGGAGAUCUACUCUCUGCUAGCACUCUGCGCAUGUGCCAGCAGAGCCUUCGGGACUUGUUCAAAAGCUUUCAUUAAACUUGAAUCUUUAGAGACCCUCAGUUCAGAACAGAAACAGCAGUAUGAAGACCUUGCUUUAGAAAUCUUCACCAAACAUACUCCAAAAGAUAACAGAAUACCUGAAUUGGACAGCCUUAUGGAAGGUGGAGAAGGGAAACUGCCAACAUGCGUUGCCACAGGAAGCCCAAUCACUGAGUAUCCAUUCUGGAUGUGCAGUGUAUGCAAGCACGGUGUCCUUGCUCAGGAAAUAAGCCACUACACCUUCUGCCCCCUAUGCCAUAGUCCAGUGGGAUAAAGGAAUGAUAAACUGUAUAUAACUGUAAAAUAUAUGUGGCAUAUAUACAUGGCUAUAUGCUGUAUAUGUAAUAAGGUUUAUUUCUGUGAGUUUUGUAUGAAAAUCAGCCUCAUUUAUAGUUGAAUUUUUGCACAAAAUAUAUGUUAAUAAAAUAAUUUUUAUGGCAAUACAACUGUGAAAUAAUAAGGCUGAUUUUCAUAUAAAUGUAUGAAAAUCAACCAUAUUUUCUCUCUCCCUCUCUCUUUUGUCUAUCUUGUAUUUGGUUACAUGAUACCAUAGAAAUAUUCCAAAUAAAUAUUUUUCUCACAGUGUCAAGGUAACUGAAUUCAUUAAAAAGUCUUGAAGGGAGUAGGGAGUGGGGGAAGCAUGGGAGUGGGGCAAAGUUGAAUUUAGAGAAUUUUUAUAACCCAUGUUACAAGGAAGUUAAACAAUUGUAAUAAUGAAAUGAGCUUUCUCUGUAGCCGUAUUUAAUUAAAUAAGUGUCGAAUGUCUUCUUUAUUAUAUUUUCAGAAGUGAAGCGAUGGCAUUUUAAGACAUUUUUUACAAUCUGAAUUGUUUCUAAUAGCCCUAUUCUUCUAUUUUAAAACCUGUCCUUUUAGUCUGAUUCAAGAGAUGGCAUUUGGAAUUUACACUUUCAUAUGAUUGUGCAGCAAACUUGGCUCUAUUUAUAAUGAAAAUAACUUGGGAAACAAAAAUAUCCAUUUUGUAGUUAUAGCUUCUGUUGAAACAUUGUCACUAAGCUGGACCCUUAAUUUACACAAGUAUUGUUGAGGGAGUGAUUCUUUCUUGAUAUGCAUCUGUUUUCACUUAUUAUUAAUUUGAAAGAUAAACAGUUGUGAUCCGUAAUGGAUCAUUUCUUAUGUCUUUUAUAUAGCUAAUAAUGUUCUCUGUUUAUUUCUCAUGAAUUCCCAUUUUGUGGCUAAAGACCAGACCUUUGCACUAUUUCAUCAAGAUUAUUUUAUUGAGGUUUGGCUUACGUAUAGUAGAGGCAAUACAUAGAGAUACGCAACUUUGUUAUUGCAGCUACAAUACACUUUCUCAAUCUCAUAUGUUUUUGUCUUGUAGAGACAGAGACAAGUUCAGCAUGUUGCAGAUUGGGAAUAGUGAGCUAUGAGAAGAGAUUUAUAGCGUAGAUGAGCUUCGGAUAGAUAGUGGGCUCAUUGGCCUAAAUAAAAAGAGAAGACCAGAAGUCUUUGAGGUCUCUGUCUCUAUUCGUGCGCCUCGUGGAAAAUUACUUCGGUACAAUGGUAGCCUCUAAAUACACUAUCUCGCAAGCUAUUCCAGAGGUCAUGGAACAGAAAGCCUUACAAACCAAAUAAAAAUUCUCAAAAUACAUUGGUUUAUUGAACCAAUUUGCAAUACACAGUGAGGAACAAGGAGAAAGCAAUGAUAGAUUAACACUGUUAGUGUAACGUGCCAGUGGAGUGGAAAGAACGCAACACCUGAAUCCUGGGUUAUGUAAUGUUUUUAUGUCCUGACUCACAUUCUGUCACAUAAGCUUUCCCCUAAUAGUGGGGUUACAAAGAGGACCAGAGUGGCCGUUUGAGCCAGAUGACUUAAUCAGAUGAAAUGUGCCUGAGGCCAACGAUGUACACUUGCUCUAUAGAAGGGUCUCAGGGGCAGGUACACUUGACCACAGCAAUAGCUUGCCUAUUAGUCUGCUGAGCAGUCAUGAAUUUUAUUGUAUUUCUUGGGUAAGUACAGGCCAGAAUGAGUGUUGCCAGUGGGUAAUUGAAUCAGCUUCUCACACAUAUUGAGGGCUUUAUAUGUCUCAUGCAUACUUAGUGUAUCAUGAAUAUUUGGUAUCUUUGUGACUUUUCAUAUUUUUAGUGCUUCAUGAAUAUUUGGUAUCUCUUGCUCCUUUCUAUCUGUGGUCACACAUACAUGCUCUGUUAACUUUGCCUAAGAUGUCUCCUAAGUUACUAACUUACUUACCUAAAUGUAACAUAAUGAAUUCCAGCUUUCUCAUUUGUCCUAUACCAGAAUGGGAAAUUUCCCCAAAUCAGAAAAUCACAUCCUAACAGAGAAGUCUGUCUAAGGCAAUACAUCUCCUGUUGAACUUACAUCUUUCCACAGGACUUUCUGUUUUUAGGGAUGAGACUAUUCUCUGCUUCAUCAAGGAAAGAGCAAUGUUCAGGGUUGUAGGGAUGGCACGCUUAUUAGCUCUGCCUGUCUGAAAGGUUCCUGCAGGACAGUUUGGUCAGUGUUGCAAUUCUUAGUCCAUGGUCUAAUGCUUGAGUAUCUCUUCUUUCCCUUUCCUAUCUCAGGAAUCAGCUGAGAAUUCAUUCGAUUGUCGUGCCUCUAGCCCCUUACUGCGGUUUGUUGGUUACACUUUCAUUUGCUUUAAUUCUAGGAUCACCUGUUGACUCCUCAGUCUUCACCUAACUUUGGAAACUCUCUUUUGGAGCCUUCUCAUUUCCUGCUAAUUCCGUGCUGCCUGAGCCCUAGAAUUUUCUCACCAACGAAUUAUUCCAGGUAGAUCCUAAGUUGCUGGAUCUAGUUGAUAUUUAAACAAUAUCUAGUUGAUAUUUCUAAUUCAGUUGCAUCCAGAAACCAGUAUCUCUAAAAACAACCUCUCAUACCUUGUGGACCUAAUUAUCAUAUAUGUAUAUGUGUGUGAGUGUGUGUGUGUGUGUGUGCGUGCGUGCGCGCGUGCGUGUGCAUAUGUAUAUAGACAGACACAUCUUUUUUACUUUUGUAAAAGCUUAUGCCUCUUUGGUAUCUAUAUCUGUGAAAGUUUUAAUAAUCUGCCAUAAUAUCUUGGGGACCUUUGUCUUGUAUGUAAAUGGUACUAGAGAAAACACCUAUAUUAUGAGUCGAUCUAGUUGGUUUUAUUCGACAUGAGGAAAUUUCCAGAUAACAACACUAACAAACUCUCCCUUGACUAGGGGGACAAAGAAAAGCAAAAUUGACCGUAAAAAACAAUUACCUGGUGAGAAGUUGCAUAAACAGAAUUAGACAGUAUAUUGAAGACAGCAUCAUUAAACAGUUAUGUUGUUCUCCUUGCAAAAAACAUGUACUGACUUCCCACUGAGUAAUGCCAAGUUGUUUUUUUAUUAUAAAACUUGCCCUUAAUUACAUGUUUCAAAGUGGUUUGGUGGGCCAAGGUAUUGAAAUGAUGGAACUGACUGAUAAAGCUGUACAAAUAAGCAGUAUGCCUAACAAGCAACACAGUAAUGUUGACAUGCUUAAUUCACAAAUGCUAAUUUCAUUAUAAAUUGUUUUGCUAAAAUACACUUUGAAACUAUUUUUCUGUAUUCCGAGAGCUGAGAUCUAAGAUUUUAUGUAGUAUUAAGUGAAAAAAUAUGAAAAUAAUAAACAUUGAAGAAAAAAAUAA